AAAACCAAAAUGAUCGUCACUGCUCAUCACGUAGUUACCCUCGUCUUCUUCCUCGUCGUCGUUCCCGCUCUCCCGGCCCAUGCCGAAAGCCGAGGCUUUAGCGGCACCAUGAUCCGCCGCGGCCGCACUGAUACCACCACCGCCGCCAUCAACUUCACUCAGGCCGCUCUCGAGUCUCACCGCCGGCUGUCAUUCCUCGCCUCCCGGUCGUCCCAGGUCGACAAGCCGCAGUCCUCCUCGGCGAGCCAGUUGAGCAACAAUGACACAGAUACAGUACCCCUGAGGAUGGACGGCGGCGGCGGCGCCUACGACAUGGAGUUCUCCAUCGGCACACCGCCGCAGAAGCUAACAGCCCUCGCCGACACCGGCAGCGACCUGAUCUGGACCAAGUGCGACGCCGGCGGCGGCGCCGCGUGGGGGGGCUCCUCGUCGUACCACCCCAACGCGUCGUCCACCUUCACCAGGCUCCCGUGCUCCGACCGCCUGUGCGCCGCCCUGCGGUCCUAUUCCCUCGCACGGUGUGCCGCCGGCGGCGCCGAGUGCGACUACAAGUACGCGUACGGCCUUGGCGACGACCCCGAUUUCACGCAGGGGUUCCUCGGCAGCGAGACCUUCACGCUCGGCGGCGACGCCGUUCCGGGCGUCGGCUUCGGCUGCACCACCGCGUUGGAGGGCGACUACGGCGAGGGCGCCGGCCUCGUCGGGCUUGGCCGCGGCCCACUGUCCCUCGUCUCCCAGCUCGACGCCGGCACCUUCAUGUACUGCCUCACCGCCGACGCCUCCAAGGCCAGCCCUCUCCUGUUCGGCGCACUCGCCACCAUGACAGGCGCCGGCGCCGGCGUGCAGUCCACGGGCCUCCUCGCGUCCACCACCUUCUACGCCGUGAACCUGCGUAGCAUAACGAUCGGCUCCGCGACGACGGCCGGCGUCGGCGGGCCCGGCGGCGUCGUGUUCGACUCCGGCACGACGCUGACGUACCUCGCCGAGCCGGCGUACACGGAGGCCAAGGCGGCGUUCCUGUCGCAGACGACGAGCCUUACCCCGGUAGAAGGCAGGUACGGCUUCGAGGCGUGCUACGAGAAACCUGACAGUGCCAGGCUGAUCCCGGCGAUGGUGCUGCAUUUCGACGGCGGCGCCGACAUGGCCUUGCCGGUGGCGAACUACGUCGUGGAAGUGGACGACGGCGUAGUGUGCUGGGUCGUCCAGAGGUCUCCCAGCCUGUCCAUCAUCGGCAACAUCAUGCAGAUGAACUACCUCGUCCUGCAUGACGUCCGAAAAUCGGUUCUGUCGUUCCAGCCGGCCAACUGCGAUAGCUACAAAGCGAACGGGGCAUCAGGCUCGCUGCCUCCCUUUUAUCAGUUUUCUAUCACUGUGCUUCUAUGCUUCUAUAUCUAUAAUAUGUAUACUUCUGUAUUUUAA